AUGGCGUCGCCCUGUAGGAAGAUGGCAAGUCGGUCUCUCUUACAGUUCGUGACUUGUUUCGGGAGGACAGCGGCUGGGAACUCGGUAUUCCGUCAGUUUUCCGGUAGUUCUGUGUGUCGGGCGACUUUACAGACCAAUGUUUUAACGGAAAGAACGACUUCACCGUGGAGUUUGAUGGCGGCGGUGUGUCUGCAGAGGCUGCCGGUCAUCUCAGCGGACUGCAGCCCGAUAGAGCAGCAGUUCAACACCAUGAUGCAGCAGUUGGAGCUGGAGAAAAGCAUGCUGGCCGACCACGAGCUUCGACUGCUGGAGGAGGCCGAGAGGAUGAGUCGCAAGCAGGCAGGCGACUACGACUCCGACGAAGAGGACGACCACCGGCACCAAGAGACCGUGCUGGGCCAGGACCUGGAAGACGCCUGGGAGCAGAAGUUUAAGAACUUCCAGCCUGCGCCCAGGAUCAGAGAUGACGUGGAUAAGGACUUGACCUCAGUGGAGCGCUGCCUGGCCGACUCGCUGGUUCUCUUGGCCAAGCAGCAGGUGGGCGGCUCAGAGCUGUGGCUGCUACCUCAGACUCAGUGGCAGGAAGGAGAAACCUUGCGGCAGACGGCCGAGAGAGCCCUCGCCUCCCUGCCAGGAGCCGCUUUUAAGGCCACUUUCCUCGGGAACGCCCCCUGCGGAGUGUACAAGUACAAACUGCCCAAACCCGCUCGGACGGAGGGAUCAGUCGGGGCAAAGGUAUUCUUCUUCAAAGCCAUUCUGUCCGACAGCGGCCCCGCAGCUGCUCCAGAUGCUGGUUUUCUGUGGGCGAAGAAAAGUGAACUGCAGCGAUACCUGAAACCAGCGUACAUGAUGAAGGUAGACCGCUUCAUCCUCGGCCUGUGAAGCCCAAACUUCACAACAGGGACACUGACUUACAGAAUAAUAUUUAGGAGGCCCAGAAAGUUCAUUUAUCUGCUGUCUUGUGUCAUGCAACGUUCUUCCCUUCAACCUAUGUAUGUUUCAUUGUAUAAAUAAUUUUUUUUUCCACACAGUAAAACCCUUAGAUCUGAUGGAAAGUAUGUGUAAAACUUUAAAGAAAUGACCUUUUUACGAAUGGGUUUUAAACUUUGACUCAUCAGUCAAAAGUUUCUUGGUACAAAUUAGGACAGAAAAGGUUUGUAUAAAAAAAGAAGCCUCCAGCAAAGUCUGAAUGUGGUUCUUCAGUGCUGACUACAGCGACUCUGACAGUAGAAGCUGUAAAAGAAGAACUACAGUUAUGUCUACCCAGAAUGCCCUCACACUGACUAUCAGUCAAUAGCAAGCCUCCAGGGGUGAAGUAUGACAACUGCAUUACAUCAGUCAUCACACAUUCAGAUACACCUGAAAAUAAAAAGUUCAAUAUAAAAAGUGAACUGGCAAUAUCAUAUUAAGAAUCAUUUUAAGAUUCCAGUAAGGCAGAAAGUACACUCAAUCUGUGUUUUGCAAAUGUUUGAUGAGUUAA